AUGCAGGAUCAUGUAGCUUCCCCUCUUGACAAAGAUGCAGCAGUGGCCAGGGGGAAAGGGUUUCUAAAAAAAGAAGGCCCCCAAGUGGAAGAAGUUCAUGAGGUUGAUAUAUUGGGAAAUUUGGAAGGAAAAGAAAAUGCAUUUGAAUAUUCAAACCCAAAAAAAAAGCUUUCAAGUGAAGCAGAUGAUCCCUUACAGGAAUCCAUAGUAAAUGAGGCGGUGGUGCUGGAUCUUCCAGUAUGGGCGCAGUGCCUCACUUCUGUACGAGUGUUGGAUAAUAACUGGGUGGUGGGUGUGGCAGCUUCCAAAGAAAUACUUCAUCAGACUCUGGAAGGCCACUCUCGAAGUGUUCUCUGUGACUAUGUCAAAAGCCAUCCAAGCAGCUUACAACAGCGGCAUCUUGCAAGGUCACAGGCUAGCCGUAUAAUGUGGCAUCAUCAGAGAAUAGAGUUUGAUGGAGUGCCUUUUAGUAUUGUUUCCUCUGAUGAUCUCAAGUGUGCAUUUGGAAUGAAAUAUAAAACUAAAAGGAGAGACCCUUCAAAACCAGCUGAAAACAUAAUAGCAGAGAGACCAGAAGGGAAUUUUGGUCAAGAAGGAAGAGCUGAUGAACACAGAGGACAGACAGCAACAAGAAAUGUUCACAAAAACCCAACAAGAGGAGGUGUGGAUGAGAGUGUUGUACCCAAGAAACGAUAUAAAGAUGUUACUUUUACCUCCUGCACUGCCAGAAUAACUGUGAAAGUUAUUGUCAAGUACCCAGGCUAUGCAGUUCCCUCUCAUGCUAUGCUAACAGAGCGAAAGUUGAUGCUGAAAGCUCUUCGUAGAGAUAUGAGCAAUGGGUUAGACUUGGAAAAGGAAGAAUUUUACCAUGUAACGUUGCCUUUAAGCUCGGUUCACAACCACCCACUGCAAGGCAGAUCACGUGGCGUCCAUCCUUCUAUAUCUAAUAAGAUAAAAGAGCUUAUAAGUGAUGGAAUUACAGCUCCAAAAGUUAUAAAGGGUAUUCUGGAUAGUCAUGUGGAAAUGCAGCAUGUUGGAGACAUGAUAGUUCCACAGCCUGAUGAUAGGGCAUAUUAUCCUCGUUUAAAGGAUAUUGCUAAUCUUGUUUACUAUCUUGGUAAGAAAAUGGGAAUAACAGCUAAACGGAAAGUCUCCAGUGAACAAGUUACCUUGGAAACCAGCCAGAGGAAAAGAAGAAAGCAAAAGAGAGCUCGAUCUGGAGAGAAUGAAAUAGUUUCUGAUAAUGUAAUGUCUGAUAGUAUGCCCUUGCAAGCCUCAACCUUGCAGGAAGCGGUGCAAACCUUUUGCACGGAUGAGUCAGAACGAGGCAGUUUAGGAGACUUGGAAGGGCGAGGGUGUUUACCUACUACUGAUGUAGUAUCAAAGGAUGGACAUGGAGAGGUUGGCUGCCUGGCAGAGAUGGUGCGAGGGCAGCUUGAUACUCUCCGCAGCCUUACAUACACACUUCAUGAGGCAGUUGGUCUCCAGGAAAUUUAUCAAUCUCUCCAGGUUAUCUUAAAUCAGUAUGUGAGUAACCAGCAUCAUGCAUUGCAAGAUGGUAUAACUGAAGCGCCUGCUGUGAGUAAUCAGCAUCAUACAUUGCAAGAUGGUAUAACUGAAGCGCCUGCUGUGAGCAACCAGCAUCAUGCAUUGCAAGAUGGUAUAACUGAAGCGCCCGCUGCAACUUUUAUAAUACAAGAUCCUAUAGUUGAUCCACUGUCUACAUCACCAGCCCAGGGUGUGCCAGUGUCUACAGCAGAACAUGUAGUGAUAUCUGAAAGGGAUGAAACUGGUUCAGGGAUAACCAGUAAACCAAGAAGUGUUCAGAAUAUCAGUAGUCAACAUGUACGACAGCUGAGAACGCCAGUGGCACUCCAGUGCCUAGCUACCAGCAUGGUUCCCACUCUAACAGUAUCACAGUUAUCAAGAUCAGGUAGUCAAAACCCUCAUCAGACUCACAUUGUCACAUCUGUUUCGCAUGGGGGAAACAACACAACAACAACCAUACCAACACAGACCUUCCAAACGCUGACACCAGCCACACAAGAUGGCUCUCCAGCACCUCUUCACUUGUCACUUCCCCCAUACAUUUACUACGUUCAAGAAGUCACUGUUCCUGAGUCCAGUCAGAAUUGGACUUACACGACUUCUUAGUGAAGUUUUGACAAUACGUACCUCUUAAAACAAAUACUGUCAUCAUACCUGUGUUUAUAUUUUAAUAUUUUAAGUUAUGGGUUAAAUUAAUAUUUAAUGUUCAACAAUGGCAUUGGAAAUUCAUAUAGAGUACAGUACAGAUAGUAAAGAGUACAGUACUGCAUGUGAAUAAAAAAAAAAAUUGUAUAAUGAACAUUAUAGUACUAGCCAUAAUAUAAAAACAAAUACUAGCCAGAUAUACCCAGAUUAUAGCAGUGUGUUGGUAUUAUUGGACUGAAGGACUGUGAUGGUUCCAGGGUCAGUGUUGUGGUGAAGGGUUGUGACAGUCCUGGGAUUAUUGAAGAGUUAUGACAUUCCUAGGGCUAUUGUUGAGGUGAAAGGCCAUGACAUUCCUAGGGCUAUUGUUGAGGUGAAAGGUCAUGACAUUCCUAGGGCUAUUGUUAGGGUGAAUGAUUAUGGAGGUUGAAUCACUCUUGACUAUUCUAGUGCUGUUGGGUUGAAGAGUUGCAACAGUCCUGGGACUGUUGUUGAGUUGAGGGUUGUGACAAUCUCAGGGAUAUUUCUGGGUUAAAGGAUUCUGAUCAACCUAAGGCUAUUAUUGGGUUGAAGGGUUGACAGUUCUAGGGGUGUUGUUGGGGUAAAGGGUUGGGACAAUCCUAGAACUGUUGUUGAGAUGAAAAGUUUAGACAAUCCUAGCAAUGUUGGGGUGAAGGGUUGUGACAAUCCUAGGACUUGUUGGGGGUGAAGGGUUGACAGUCCCAGGGCUGUUGUUGAUGUGACAGGUUGGGUUGUAUUAACACACCUGCUUCUAAACAACAGCUCCCACUUGUUUAAAAAAUUUCUAUAAUUGUGCAGUUAUUUUUUAUCAAUUAUUAAGGCACUUAAUUUACUUUUGUUAGGUAAAGUGUUUGCUAUAAAACAAACUGUGGUGAAUUACAUGUUUCUAAUUGUCCUUUGAUUGUGUUAUGUACAUGUAUGUUAUAAGUGCAAGUAUUUAAUUCAUAUUUGUGUACCUAAAUGAUGGCACCAGGCAUGAGUGUAUAAUUGGUGAUCCACACACUUGUGUAAUGUUGGUGAUCCACACACUUGUGUAAGGUUGGUGAUCCACACACUUGUGUAAGGUUGGUGAUUCAUACACUUGUAUAAUGUUGGUGAUCCUUACACUUGUGUAAGGUUGGUGAUCCACACA